AUGAGUUUUUUUUCUCUUGAUCGGACUUCAUCGACAGUCCCUGCCUCGGCAUCGACUUCCACAGUGCCUUGCUGGAGAACUAUCGAUCCGUCCCGUUUGACAUCGGCUACAUCGUUUUGGGAUUCUUACAUCAGCUUUUACUGGUUGAUGACUGCUGUGGGAGACGAGAAAAUUUCUUCUCAUUUUCAAGACUUCAGACAAGACCUCAUCCUCCUCCUUCGGCAAUGGAACGCCCUUUCCAGGGCCAACGCCACGGUUUUACCAUCUUUACCGGUCUUUGAGAAGGCUCUUGGUCGAAUCAGCAAGGCCGCAACAGCCGACAAAGCGCUGACUGCCUUUGGCUGCGUCAGCGAUGACUUGGAAACAGUCCUUAAAACAAUCCAUGAUCUGACCCAACACACUUCAGGACAAGCACGCGGUGACCUCGCCGAACGUCACAAUGCUCUGAUGCGUUUUCAGAAGCAUGUUGAACGCACCAAGAGUGACUUCGACAAACUGAUCAGCACCUCGAGCAACGAGAACAUUCUGUCGGACUCGUUGGAGAAUACCAAUCUCAUGAAAGGUGGAAACAUUGCAUCGCUUCAUCUCUUUUGUCAUGAGGAUGCUCUUGUGUACGAGUUCUUCGACGACGCUCAGCUUCAAAAAUCCAGCAAGUCGACUAAAAAUGAAGCUCAACGCAAGGUUGCUUUUGUGCGCGGGACAAUGGAGGUCGACAAAUGGUUGUUCCAACAGCCACCAACCAAUCGCUUUGAUGCAGCAUUUCUACUUUCCACGCUCCGGAGUGUUCACCCCUUUCCUGUAAGCCCCGACCGGAUUUGUCAAACGGAACCCUUGGCAGCCCGUUAUAAAGAGCUUAUUGAAUGCCUUUAUCGAGCCAUCCCGUUUCAAACCGACAACUCGACUGCGCGAAAGCCUUCCGCAGCCACCGCCAACCUCGUGUCAACGAGCACCGCUGCUUCGAGCACUCCUUCUGUCAAUGUUUUAAGCUCUAAUGUUGAUGCUUCGAGCACUGCCGUCAAAUCGACCACUUCUGCUUCCAACGCAUCGAGCUCGGCUGUGAAAUCGACCUCGCCAGCCUUCAAUGCGUCGAGCACUGCUGAGAAAUCGACCACUCCCAGAUUGUCCAGUGCGACUGCAACAGGCGUCCGCUCGUCUCCGACACUCACAGGCCUCGUCGACGCCGAGAUGGUCGCAUUGUCGCAUCUUGCACAGCAGAUCGACGCUGUUCCGCUUGAAAUUGUUGCGGUUGCGUGGGGUCGCUACCCUAAAUUGAACACUUUGUGA